GUGGGCAGAGUUUGUGGUAAAAUACCUCGGAAGAGAUGGAUUGUGUACAGUAUCUAGUAGUCUAGUUAUUGUACUACAGAUAUGGAGCUCAAGCAACAAAACAAAAUGAAGCUGCUAGCAGUAACCUUUGUGCUCACUAUUUCAUGGCUGUCUGUAAAUGGACAAGUUUGUCUGUACAAGCUUACAGAGGAGCCACUGCUUGUCUUGCCCUGCAAUCCAUAUCCAUCAGAUGGUAUCACGUUGCAUUGCACAGUAAGAGCACCAGACUUUAGUUUCACCAUACAAUGGAUCUGGCAAGCUGACUCCAGUUCAGAGCUCAUAGAGUUACUAGACUCUAGUGACAUGAUGAAAGUAAGGAUCGAUACUUUGAAUUUCAGUGACGGAAUUCGGUCAAGGUUGAACGUCAGAAACUUAAUAAAUCGUGUGGGUAUGUUCUGGUGCCGAGCUACAUUGAGUAAUGGAACUCAACUAGAGGACAGCAGUAAAUUAACUCUAUACAACCAAAACGUUUAUGAGAAUGAUAUGAAUUGCACCAAUGAGGAACUUUCAGAACAAUCAUCAACUGGUAGGUGUAUAAAUGCUGCCUCUUCUGUUGCUGAAACUCCACCGCUGCUUGCAAUGGAUCAGAUCACCUCCUCACCUACCACAAUGGCCGGCAACGAGACCACUCCUCCUGCCCCUGACAGUCUGGGCCCGGCUCUCUAUGCAGUUAUUGCAGUGAUCCUAGUGUUCUGCCUCGUCAUAGUAACACUAACAGUGACCAUUGUGCUGCUAUACAGGAGGAGAAAGUGUGGAAGAGGUGACAUAAAAACUGCUGAUCAAGCUGGCAGCAAUCCAUACAGUGGCUUUACAACUGACAGGGAAAGGGUCAAUGAACUUGCUAAUGGUGUCAUUGCUGAUAACCCCUCCUCUCUCACAAGCUCAACUCACUCCACACGCCCACACCACCUCUCCACCCACUCCCCUGCCCCACUCGUCUCAUCUAGCAUGAGCCCACAAGAUGACUACUCUCGUCUUAUACGCUCACACUCCUCCUCCCAAUCGCAUCACGAAUCAAUUGCCCCAGGCUACUCCAAACUCGUCAUCGGAGAAGAAGUCCCUCAGCAGUCACGAGAAUCUCGUAUAUAUAACGAGCUAGAGGAUAAAGAUCUGGAGCGGUACGUGUCCAAAGAGGUGUCUACAAAUGGUGCACCCCCUAUGAACAUUUACAACUCUUUAGAUGGACCGGGACGACGAUUCAGUGCCUCAAAUGUGCGCAAUUGUCACCCUGACUACAAUCCAGUUAUUCCAAGAAGAGACAGUGAGAAGUCAACCAAGAAGAGCUCCACUUUGUUUGAUGAUCCCGAUUACUCGCCUGUGAAGAAAGUCAAUAGUAAAAAAGAAAAACGGUUUGAAAUUAUCGACCCUCGGUACACAGGUGACUACGAGCGUUCUCCCGAGUACACAUGUCCUACUGUUAAAAUUAAAACCAAUGAGAUUGACCCUAAGUAUCGGGGGGACUACGAACGUGAUCCCAACUAUAUCCCCCAGCCCCCUCCACGUAGAGCCUCGUUUACCUCGUCAAAUCAAAACCGAGUCGUCGAUAGGGAGCCUAAGCCUGUACCUCGACGACAAAGCGUGGGGGUUGAUGCCCUCUCCAAAUAUAGAGGAGAUUAUGAGAGGAAUCCUACGUAUGUUCCCUCUCCCUUGAGAGAAGACAGAAGCUUGCUGGGCCGCAAAUAUUCAGGAAAUUACGAGCGAGACCCAAUAUACAUGGCAAAUGUAUUAAAGAAAUCACGCGACGAGAGAGAAGGUAGUACGGAUUAUUCCGACUCAUUGCCAAAGAACUGUAAUGCACAAACUGGAUAUGUCAAUGUCGAGCAAAGGCAGCCUAGUGACUCCGAUCACACUACGAGCAAUUCUUAUUCCGACUCGUUUCCAAGAGAGAGUGUACCCUCACUACACAGUUAUGUAAACGUGAAACAAGGGUCCGAGGACACUCAUGUAGUGCUGUCAAAAACUAACCCCUAUUCUGACUCUUUCCUGAAACAUAAGGGUGCAGUCUCCCCAAUAAGAGAUGUUAUUGUCGAGCAAGAGUCUGAAUCAUCAGCUAAUGAAUUACUGGAACAAGGUACUUUCAUGGACAUUUAGUGUCCAGGUGCUACAUGUAUUAUAUAAUUGUGUCUGUGUUUAAUAGUUGUUUCUCAUAAGACAUAAUUCACUUCACAUUCUUCAUGUAUAUAAUUAUAUUGCAAAUUAAUGUUCACAAACUACAA